CAAAAUGAUGCUCCAACACCCAGGUCAGAUAUCUGCUUCAGAGAUUAGUGCAUCUGCAAUCGUCCCAUGCCUAUCUCCUGCAGUAUCUCUGGGAUUUGAAGACUUUCCAAAUCUAAACCCAUUGGUGAAAGAAGAAUUAAGAUUUGCUAUCCAGAAUAAGCGCCUUUCCCACAGGAUCCCUUCCACAUUGGACACAGUCACUGUUUCUGACAGACCGGGUGAAAUGUCUUUCUUUAAAGCAGAGGGUGCACCUGAGGAAGAUGAAAGGAAAAGACGACGAAGGGAAAGAAACAAGAUUGCAGCGGCAAAAUGUCGAAAUAAAAAGAAGGAAAAAACUGAUUGUCUGCAGAAAGAAUCAGAAAAACUGGAAACCAUCAACGCAGAACUGAAAGCUCAGAUAGAGGAGCUGAAGAACGAGAAGCAGCAUUUGAUCUACAUGCUCAAUCUGCACAGGCCCACUUGCAUUGUCCGAGCCCAGAAUGGGAGGACGCCAGAGGACGAAAGAAACCUCUUCAUUCAACAAAUCAAAGAAGGAAACUUACAAGGCUAAGGGACAGGGAUGAGACAAUGCUUGAUAUCUUUAGGGCAUGUCUUUACAUCAAAAA